AUGCCCAUCACUGGCGACUGCGAGGGACAAUCAGUUCAUUUUUGCCCCUCCGAGGCCACCCCACUCCUACGCAAUAAUUCUAUCCACCAGAGGACGGGUCACCAUGAUGUCUCGUAUUCUGCAACGGAUGUUGAAUCAGCCCGCUCAUCCACAGAUACGGAUGAAGAAACUCACAAUCGCUAUAUAUCCAGUGCAAGCUCUGCAUCCGAAGGGCUCGAUGUCGGGGCGGGUUCUGGGGCUGGCUUUCCCAGCCAAGAGCCGAGAAUCUCAACUCAAGAUGAAAAGGAUUACGCCUCGAGGUUCAUUGAUGUCUCGCCGACAAGGUUCUGGAUCAUCUUCGGCGGCAUUAUGAUCGGCUACAUGAUCGGCUUCUUUGACUCGACCCUCAUGGCCUCCAGCCAUCCAGUCAUCACUUCCUAUUUCAAUGCAGCCAACUCAGCCUCCUGGCUAUCGACGGCCUUCUUGUUAACCUCGACCGCAUUUAUGCCUCUCUUUGGACGCAUUUCUGACGCAUUUGGCCGCAAGCCUGUAUAUCUCUUCUCUAUAGCCAUGUUCUUCUUCACGACAGCAGGUUGUGGCUUGGCGCAAAGUAUCGGCGGAUUUAUUGCUGCUCGCGCUUUCUGUGGGCUUGGUGCGGGCGGCGUCUUCUCCAUCGGUCAGAUCAUCUCGAGUGACUUGGUACAUCUCGAGUAUCGCGGGGUCUACCAAUCAUAUAUCAACCUGUGUCUCGGCAUCGGCGGUAGCCUCGGCCUUGCUUUUGGGGGCUACCUGUGUGAUCAUAUCGGCUGGCGGGGUGCGUUUUUCAUCCAACUGCCUUUCAUCUUCGUUUACUUUAUCGCAGCCGCUUGGACAGUCCCGGCAGACCUUGGCAUUAAACACACUGGAAUGGAGCGCAUGAAAGUCUGGCAGUUAGUCCGGAGUAUUGAUCUAUUGGGAUCGACCAUCUUGAUUAUGUGUGUGACUCUCUUGAUCCUCGGUCUGAACUUUGGAGGGAAUGUCUAUCCUUGGGGCCAUCCGCUCAUUAUCAUCUCACUGGUGUCAUCGUUAGUCCUAGGGGUUAUCUUGGUGCGCUACGAGCAGUACGUCCCACGACCCGUGCUACCCAUUGAGCUCAUGUCAAAGAACCCUCGAGCCAGUAUUAUCUUUGGCAAUUUCUUUGCCUCCAUGUCUUUACACACCAUGCUGUUCAAUGCUCCGCUGUAUUUUCAGGCCGUGAAGCUGAGCAGCCCGACUGAUUCUGGUCUACGCCUUCUGGCUUCCUCCAUAGCUGUCACUGUCUCCAGUGUGGGCACCGGGUUCAUGAUUAACUGGACCAGACGUCUCAAACCUUUCGUCAUUAUCGGUAUAUUCUUCAUGGUGAUAGGUGGAUUUGCAGCUGCAUCCAUGGGCAUUGACACCUCUCAACCACUCUCCAUGAUCUGCAUCUCAUUUUCUAGUCUAGGCCAGGGAUUCGCAUUUCCCGCCCUGAUGGUAAGCAUUCUCGCAACUAGUGAGAAACAAGAUCAGGCUGUCGCAACAACCACUCUGGGGCUGUGGAGAAGCCUUGGCGCCGUGAUGGGUGUGGCUGUCAGCAGCUGGAUAUUCCAGAAUAGUCUUAUAUACCACCUUAACAACAACGUCACUGGUAUUGAGAAGAACCACAUUAUUGCACUUGUCCGCAAAUCCGUCGAUACGAUUACUCAUUUGGAUCCAAUCCAUCGGCGAGAAGGUGUGUUCUAUUUCUUUGGAAUGUCGGCUUGCUUUGGCCUUACUAAUAACAACUCAGUCACCACGUCAUAUUCCGCGGCUCUUCAACUAACCUUCAUAUCUGCGGCCCUCUGGGGAGUCAUUGUGUUGAUAUUGCUGGGCCGAGUCCAGCUACCGCGAUUGGGAAGAAAAGCCUAG